UCUAACAUAACCAAAUAUCUUUUUCACUUCACUGUGACAUUUUCAAAUACACCUUGUGCACACAUGGCUAGAACACAACAACGCUACCGCGGCGUCCGGCAACGGCAUUGGGGUUCAUGGGUUUCCGAAAUUCGGCAUCCAUUGUUGAAGACAAGAAUUUGGCUAGGCACAUUUGAGACGGCCGAGGAUGCGGCCUGCGCCUACGACGAGGCGGCCAGGCUCAUGUGCGGCCCACGUGCAAGAACCAACUUCCCACAUAACCCAAAUUCAUCACAAUCUUCUUCAAUUUCUUCUUCAAAGCUACUCUCAUCAACUUUGACUGCAAAGUUGCAUAGAUGCUAUAUGGCUUCUCUUCGUAUGACCAAACCAUCAAUCCAAUACCCGAAACGAACGCGUUCGGUCCAUCUUAGCAAAUCUUUGCUAGAUACGAAGCCCACUGUAGCGAUGCUACACCAGAUAGACAAUAAUAGUAACACUAAUAGUAACAGUAACGGUGAUAUGGAUUAUCAAAAUCAUCAACAUCAGUUUUUCGCGAAGCUUGAAGAUCAUCACAUUGAACAAAUGAUUGAAGAGUUGCUUUAUUAUGGAUCAAUUGAACUUUGUUGUACCGUUCAAUCACUUGAUCAACAGUCUUGAAGCUGUUUUUGUAUAAAAUUUGUUUAAAUUAUGUUUUUAAAACAUGCUUAUCAAUGUUUUAGAAAACAAGUUGAACAAUUGAUAAUCAGAUUUUAUGUAAAUAUAGCUGAUAACAGUGUUUUAAAUUUUAA